AUCUUCUCAAACAUCAUGGUUUCUACGACGGUGCUGCAGAGUGCAGUUCGGCUGGCAAGUGGCAAGUGGCAUUUCAAAAUGAAAAUGGCGCCGGAGGUGAGGUGGCCCGCGAUUGUUGUCUGCACCCUUGCAAUCGGACUAUCAGCUGUUCUCGCCCAAAAUCCGCACAAGAAAUUUGAGUACAAGUACUCGUUUAAACCUCCUUAUCUCGCCCAAAAAGACGGGAGCGUGCCUUUCUGGGAAUACGGCGGAAAUGCGAUCGCGAGUGCCGAAAACGUCAGAAUUGCACCGUCCUUACGGAGCCAGAAAGGAGCCAUAUGGACAAAGCAGCCGACAAACUUCGACUGGUGGGAAGUUAACAUUGUCUUCCGCAUCACUGGUCGUGGAAGAAUCGGUGCCGAUGGUUUAGCAUUUUGGUACACGACGUCAAAAGGCUCUUACGAUGGGACAGUUUUCGGUAGUUCAGAUCAGUGGAAUGGGCUUGGAAUAUUUUUUGAUUCCUUCGACAAUGAUAACAAGCAUAACAACCCUUACAUCAUGGCUGUUCUCAACGAUGGAACGAAGCAAUUCGAUCAUGCAAACGAUGGAACAACACAGCUUUUGGCCGGCUGUCUGCGAGAUUUUCGUAACAAACCGUUUCCAACCCGAGCGAAAAUUGAGUACUACCAGAAUACGUUAACGGUGCUCUUCCACAAUGGAAUGACGAACAAUGAUCAAGAUUUCGAGAUGUGUCUGCGUGCGGAGAAUGUGCAACUACCGAAAAACGGUUACUUCGGAGUAUCCGCGGCCACUGGUGGGCUGGCCGAUGAUCACGACGUCUUGCACUUCUUGACCACGUCUCUACACAUCCCAAGCCAAACGGUGAGCGACGGUGGUCGCAAAAUAUCAACCGAAGAGGAGAUCAAGCUCGGUCAAGAGUAUCAGGACUACCAGAAAAAACUAGAACAGCAAAAAGAAGACUAUCGUAGACAACACCCCGAUGAACAGCCUGCGAAGGAAGAGUUCGAUGAAUGGUUCGAGACUGAUAAUCAGCGAGAGUUGCGUCAAAUAUUCUCUGGACAGAGUCAGAUGUUCGACGCGUUGAGAGAACUAAACAGAAAACUAGACGAAGUAGUCGGCAGGCAAGAACGAACCCUUAGUCUGAUAGCACAAGUCCAAGUUGGCGGAGUCCAAGGUGCUGCUGGCGGGCAACCUGGUCAACCAAUCCAAUUAAUUGACACUAUAAGACGGACCGAAGUCGACGCAGUGCUUAACAAUCAGAACGUCAUCCUUAACACAGCCAGAGAGAUAAAAUCUUUCGUCGGCGAAGUUCAUUCCAAAGCCGACACUAUCUUGAACAAUCAAGCUCGUGCUCCUACGGCUCAGGUUCAGCCAAUCGGCUACGAUUACCAGGCGCUAAUAUCUGAAAUGAAAGACGGAUUGAACAGGGUCAAAAGAGACAUAGAACACGCCAAUGUUAAGCUAGAUGCCGGUAAUAAGGAUUGUCGAACAGGGAAUUGUCUCACCACUUCCAUGUUCUUGGUCUUCCUCGCCGUACAGAUGGUCAUUUUAUUAGGUUACAAUAUAUACAGGGACAGUAAAGAAGCACAAGCAAAGAAGUUUUAUUAACCUGGAGCAAAUCGGACAAUUUGAAAUAUUCGCUGCUCGAUUAAUUUGUAAUUAUAAUUACAUGGAACUCAUGUUUAUAAAUUAAAUAUCAUCAUCCAGUAAUAAUAAGGUGUCAUCUCUCUAGGCAAGCAGUUAAUUUUUUUUAUUGUUUUUUUUUUUCUCUUCUAUGUUUGUGUUUGUGUUUCGAAUCAGCUGUUAUUGAACAAAUAUAGGUACAUAAUAAUUUAUACGUCGCAAACGUAUAACUAAUUAAUAUUAUAUGUAUAGUACAUCAGAUAUUUACAAAUUAUGUGUGGUUACAAAGUUUCGAAUGAAAAAGCCUGCGAGAGUUACGACGACGAUUCUUCAAUGACAACUUCCUGAUCGCGUCACUUGGAAUGAACGCACGUAAAACUU